AUGUAUGGUGUUCGCAAUCCUGUCUUGGGCCGCUUGGCCGCUCAGCUGUGGAAGCCUUUUGCUUCCCGUCGGUAUGCAAAUGCGGGAAUGUUCUCUGCCGAUUCAACCACCGGUCUCAAGAUCGUUGACGACGUUCAACGCCGAGUUCGCUCCGGCGAAACCUGCUACAUUGUUGGGUUAGGAAUCUCUGGACAUAAUUCAGGGGCAUCACUCGUGGAGGUAUCACAGUCUGGUGGGAUACGGCUUUUAUCCAACGACGAAGAGGAGCGGUUCAACGGCAAAAAGCAUUAUGAGGACUAUCCUGAGCAGUCCAUUGACGAGCUCAAGCGGCGUCUGAAAACUUUGGGCGUCAAACCUGAGCAGGUCGCAGCCUGGGCGACGAGCUGGGACUACAACAUAGCCGAAGUACUGAUGACGCGCAGUCUGGUCGAGGGCUUACCAGGUAGUUUGAACAUUAUGAGACCAGGAGCUGCCACGACGUGGAACCCCGUUGAGCGAUGUCGAGAAGCUCUUCGUGCUCCAAAUCUGCUUCGACGUCAGCUCGGCCUUGCAACUACACCGCCGCUGAUCAUGCUUCCACACCACGAGAAUCAUGCAUCUAUGGCGUAUGCUGCUUCUCCCUUUGCCAAGAACGACCGGUCAACAGUGGUUGCUGUGGUGGACGGAUCCGGCGAUCGAGGAUCCAUCUCCCACUAUCAAGCUCAGAACAAGGAACUACGCGAGCUCUACUGCAAUGAGAGCAUAGCGGAUUCGCUCGGUAUCUUUUAUACCACACUGAGCUCGACACAAGGCGGCUGGACUCCACUGAGUAGUGAAGGCCGUUACAUGGGCGCAGUCGCUUGGGGCGACCAGGAUCGGCAUACAAACCCCUACUAUCGCCGUCUAAGGGAUAUCUUCCAGUUCGGCGAAGCAGGACGAAUUCUCUUGAAUCGCAAGAUAGCGAACUGGCACAAUGCCGGUGAGCUCAAGCCAUACACUCCAGCACUGGAAGCCAUUACUGGUCCACCCAUACCCGCUAGUCGGAUGUGGAAUCCAGACGCCAUCCUGAAUAUCGAAUCAGUCCAACAUUCAGAUAUCACGCGUGCCCGUGUUGAUCUUGCGGCGGCCACUCAGCUCGUUUUCGAAGAUGGCAUCUUCCAUAUCGUUGACCAUCUGAUACGCAGCACGAAAAGCGAUCAACUCGUCAUGUGUGGUGGCAGCGCGCUCAAUGGGAUCGCCAACAUGAAAUUAUUGAGCCACUUCGAUCGCCAAUGGUAUAAACGCAAUCUGGACCAAGAUACACGCCUUAAAUUGUGGAUCCCGCCUACUACUGGCGAUGCUGGUGUUACCAUGGGGGCCGCAUAUAGCGUGGCUCUGCGGGCUGAUGUCCCCUUUGGGCCAGGCCUACAGCAUGCAGCCUGGUGUGGCAUUCCCGCAGAAGCCAAUUCGAUCCGGGAAGCUGUAAACGACGAUCCAGAGAUCGAGUUCCAGCGGCUCGGGAACAUCUCAAAUGCAAGCCAGCGCCAGAGUGUUGCCGACCUCAUGGCUUACAUCAUGGCACACGAUGGCGUUCUUGGCUUGUAUCAAGGCGCGGCUGAGACAGGUCCUCGGGCUCUUGGCCAGCGUUCAAUCCUCGCCAAUCCAUGCAACCCGGACACAAGACGAAUUCUCAACGAAAGGGUCAAAUUUCGCGAAGCUAUCCGUCCACUGGCACCCAUGGUGACACCUGAACAAGCUGACCGUUUCUUUGAGCUUUCCGAUGGCGCUGCAGAUGACAACUACAAUGCUUACCGCUACAUGGUACUAACAACUCCUGCUCGUCCGGAAGCAUAUCAGAAAAUCCCAUCUGUUGUACACAAGGAUGGUACGUGUCGAAUACAGAUUGUGCAGCCCGAGACCAACCCGCUUGUCUACGAGUAUCUCAAGGCCAUGGGCCGUCGGCUGGGGGCUGAAGUUUCGGUCAACACCUCCCUCAACGUGGGCGGACCAAUCUGCCAGACGCCACCGCAAGCGCUGGCGACUAUGAAGCGUGCAAAAGCCUUGACCGGCAUGAUCAUGGUCAGCGACGAGGGCGAGAUAUUUCUUGUUUGGCAUGCUGUAGAGACACCCUUCAAGGACAAUGGGCAACAAUUGCGGGAAUGGGUUGCUCAGCACUCUCGUGAGCAGGAGUCGACGUAG